UUCCAUGCCAACCUAUCAACGCCAUUGGCACUGCAAAUACUGCCUUUCCCAAAGUAGCAAAAGGAAAAAUUCAGAAGCUCAGGCUUGCAACGAUUGGGAAGAUGAAAACAUCCAUUUGCAUGCUUUCACUAACGCUGAAGCUGAUGCUUCUGGUUCUCUCUCACAACAUCUUGUGCACGGUAGCGGUAGCAGGAGAGAGAGAGCAGCGGAUGAAAAAGACUUACAUCAUUCAGAUGGACAAGUCCAAAAUGCCUGCAAGUUUUGCCGACGACCAUUUCCAAUGGUAUGGCUUCUCUUUGAAAUCGGUGUCCAACUCAGCAGACAUGCUCUACACCUACAAAAAUGUUAUCCACGGCUUCUCCACCAGGCUAACUGCUGAGGAAGCUGAGCUGCUUGAAAAACAAUCCGGAAUUCUUUCUGUUAUGCCUGAGUUGAGAUAUGAGCUCCACACAACUCGGACGCCCCAGUUCCUUGGAAUGUUAGGCGGCAUAAACGAAGCCGUCUUCCCGGCAUCAGAGAAACUGAGCAAGGUCAUUAUUGGAGUGGUAGACACCGGCGUAUGGCCCGAGAUCAAAAGCUACGAUGACAAAGGGCUUGGGCCAGUGCCAAGAAGCUGGAGAGGGCAGUGUGAGGAAGGCAAGAACUUCAACUCCUCAAGUUGCAACCGAAAACUCAUUGGUGCGAGGUUUUUCCCAAAAGGGUUUGAAGCAUCAAUUCUUGGACCCAUUGAUGAAAAAGUAGAAUCAAGAUCACCAAGAGAUGUUGAUGGCCAUGGAACUCACGCCUCAACCAUUGCAGCCGGAUCUGCAGUUCCAGGAGCUAGCCUAUUUGGUUACGCUUCAGGGACAGCAAGGGGGAUUGCUACACAAGCUAGAGUGGCCACAUAUAAGGCUUGCUGGUCUGGUUGGUGCUUGAGCUCUGAUAUUCUAGCCGCAAUGGACAAAGCUGUUGAAGAUGGUGUCCACAUUUUAUCUGUGUCUAUUGGGAGAUCGCAGUAUGAGGAUUUAUACACCGACUUUAUUGCUAUUGGAGCUUUCUCGGCCAUGGCCAAGGGAGUCUUUGUAUCGUGUUCAGCUGGGAGUCGCGGCCCAGAAUCGGAUAGUACAUCCAAUAAUGCACCUUGGAUAACCACCGUGGGUGCUGGAACACUAGACCGUGAUUUCCCAGCAUAUGUUAGCUUGGGAAAUGGGAAAAAAUACAGAGGAGCAUCAAUUUACAGCGGAACACCCUUAUCUAGUGGAUUGCAUCCACUUGUUUAUGCUCGCAAUGCAAGUAACUCCACAAGUGAUCAAUGCGCUCCUGACAGCUUGAUUCCUGAAAAAGUUGUUGGGAAAAUUGUGGUGUGUGAUCAGGGAGGAACUAACAGGCUCGAUAAGAGUAUGGUGGUCAAAAAGGCCGGUGGCAUGGGGAUGAUUUUGGCUGACAUUGAAGGUUAUGAUGAAGAACAACUUGUUGUCGACUCAUAUGUCUUGCCUGUAGUCGUGGUUGGCCAAAAAGCCGGUGAUACAAUAAAAAGAUAUAUUGCCUCCCACGACAAUCCAAAAGCCACAUUUUCUGUCGGGAAGACAGAGUUGGGUGUCGAACCCUCACCGGUGGUGGCAGCAUUCAGCUCUCGAGGACCAAAUCCAAUCUGUGUAGAACUACUCAAACCAGACCUACUAGCACCAGGAGUGAAUAUCCUAGCUGGGUGGACUGGUGCAGUUGGACCAAGUGGACUCGCUGAAGACACCAGGCGGGUGAGCUUCAACAUUCUUUCAGGUACAUCUAUGUCAUGCCCACAUGUGAGUGGGCUGGCCGCGGUUCUCAAGGCGGCUCACCCAGAAUGGAGCCUUGCAGCCAUUAAAUCUGCUCUCAUGACCACAUCCUAUGCAACGUACAAAAAUGGCAAACCAAUCGAAGACGGUGCUACUGGAAAACCUGCAACACCAUACGAUUAUGGUGCCGGGCAUGUGAACCCGGUGGCAGCCCUUGACCCAGGCCUUGUUUAUGAUCUUACAGUUGAAGAUUACCUAGGCUUCCUUUGUGCCCUGCGUUAUCCAACAGAAGAUAUCAAGAAAGUCACUCACAUGGACUUCACCUGCGAUUCGAACAAGAAUUAUCGUGUUGAAGACUUUAAUUACCCAUCUUUUAGUGUUGCCAUAUUCACUGCAGACCCAGCGGGUAAUAAUAAUAUUACUGGACCAACCACUGUAAAAUACACAAGGACCCUGACCAAUGUGGGUACUCCAGCAACAUACAAGGUGUCAGUUCCUACACAGACACCUUCAGUGAAGAUCUUGGUUGAACCAAAAUCGCUGAGUUUCACUCGACCAUAUGAGAAGAAGACUUAUACUGUGACUUUUGUGGCCAGUCCUAUGACAUCUCGUACAAAUAGCUUCGGUCGCUUGGAAUGGUCUGAUGGCAAACACAUAGUGAGUAGUCCUAUUGCCAUCUUCUGGUAUUAACUUUAGUAGCAUUGUCGCGUCGUCGAACCUAAUUUAACUCCAGAUCCGGGGAGAAAGCGGCUCCUCUGCUGAUCCCCUAUGUCUAUGUGGCGGCUGUUUUCUUCAGUUUUUUCUUGUCUUAGCUGCCUCCAAUAACACAUCAAUUUUGUGGGUGAGUGUUUUUUCUUUUCUUUUUUUCUGGAAAACACAUGUCCAGAAUUUUGUUUUGCAUAUUUUUCAUUGUUCUACCCUGU